GGAGAAGAAAAAGCUAUUUAUAGUCUAUGACUUUAUCUACUGAAAUUUGCGAUUGUGACUAGCUAACUAGUGAAGUUAAAAUGGCAAAAAACACAUCAAGUUCCGCUUUCAGGAAAAUUGAUGUAGACCAAUAUUCUGAAGAUAAUUACAAAGAAGAUGAAAUUGAACAAGUUGGUCCUUUAGGACCUGAUGAAAAUGAUGUAAACAACUUACUUCAAAAAGGCAAAUUAGUAGACGCUCUAAAAUUGGUGAUAGGGAAUGCACCAUUGGGAAGUAAGAAUCAACAAAUAAAGGAUAAUGCUUUGAGCCUUACCCUGAAAGUGUUGCUGUCCAUAAAACCCUCACAAAUAGAGGAGGCAGUAAAUUCCUUGGACACAAAUUCAGUUGAUGUUUUAAUGAAAUAUGUGUAUAAAGGUUUUGAAAAUCCAUCAGAAGGAAGUAGUGGCCAUCUGCUUUUGUGGCACGAAAAAGUUUAUAGUGUAGGAGGAGUUGGAUGUAUUAUUAGAGUUUUAUCAGAUACAUGGAGAGUGUAAACUUCAGUAAUAUUUACAUGGCUUAAAAAGUAUUAUUAAACUGAAUUUUAUUUUUUACUUUUUUAUAUAACUUUUAGGCAUUUAUAUUAGAACUGUUGCUGCGUUCUAUUACUAAUUAGUGUUGGUAAUAGUAUGUUAAAACAAAGUGAUAGAAUAUAAUUUUUAAAUAAAUUGCAAUUGG